AUGUUAAAGGAAACUAAAAAGUUUAUUGGUAAAUCCCUUCAGCCAGCACGACCUGUGCAUCAUCUGUCUUCUAAACAAGAAAGGAUCAAAUACAGCAGAGAUUUCCUUCUGAAACUUUCAAGUGUUUCUCUUUCUCAGAAGAAGCCAGAGUUUCUUCCUGAUCAUCCAAUUGUACUUGAAAAGCCAGCUGGAGGACACCCCUACUGCUCAGAUGCAAGGGACAACAGCAAGACUUCUUAG